AUGAACAUGAAUCCAUUCAAGAAACUCCAUAUACUUUAUUCUUUACUAGUCUUCAAUAAUCUCAUACUGAUGAAUACUUGGUAUGAUUACAAGUUAGGGACAAGGAUGUCAUUUGACAUUAGUCCAGGACAUAUAAGGAAUUCUUGUAAAAAGUGUGAAAGGCCUAAUGGCAAAUGUGGUCGUGCCUUGAAGUGCUUCUGCCAUCCUAAAGAAUGCAGUGAGUGA